AGUAUAGAAGAAAAUUGUUAAUGAUUCUAUUAUAUUCAAAUGCAACGCUACCAUUCUUUGACAUUUUCUUUUUAAUCAUUUUCAGUGGAUUCAUACAAAAGAACUUAUAAACUUUUCACUGGAGAUAAAAGUGUAAAUUUAAUAUUUUGUGCAGCAGUUUGUUACAGAUUUUUUUACACGCGUUGUGCGUGUUACAUAAAUUAUAUAUAUCAGAAAUUAUAUCCGUAGCCAAUAGUCAGCAAUAAAUAGUGAAAUUGAUUCGUGGCCGAAAUUGACAAUUGUAUGACAGACAGUCAUUCUCCUUGCUGCCGUUGUAUUUGUACACUGUUGUUCCUUCGCUCUUUCGGUGUUUUGUGGAAAAAUCGACAAGGAUCACCUGUAUCUGCACCUGCAACUGCAACGAGGUGCUGUAUUAAUAGCGGUUUGAUUUAGUAUUAAACAUUUUUUAUCCUGUGGUCGAUACAAACAACUAAAUUUCAAAAUAUACACAUAAAAUUUGUGAUCAAUAAAUUGCCAACGUUAGCAGUCGUAGUGAGAGGAGUUAUUUUAACUAAGUAUACUAUAUCCUAAAAGUACUUUAAAUAGAAAAAAUCAAAUGGCCGAACGUCCAAGUAAUCUUUUUGCGGGUGGAAGUAGCCGUCCUCGCAAUCCGCCAAGUGAAUUGAAUUUGGGUAGUUUUAAUGGUCGACAACCACCUUCAUUUUCGUCAACUUCAUCCGGUUCAGCUUCGUCCAAUUUGUCUACAUCGUCUGCCUCCAGUUCCUCUUCACACAAUUUGGUGCAACGAUUUUGUGCACCACCAGCACCGGCCCCUGUAGUGGCACCGGUAGCACCGGUAGCACCGCCAGUUGCAACAACAAACAAUCAAGAACGCACCCGCGAACGCAUUAAACAACAAGCCUGCGGAAAGCUACUCAUCGAUGAAGAAUGCUAUCACUUUACUUCGGACGAUUUAACCGAUCUUGGUGAAAUUGGUCGCGGAGCAUUUGGCACUGUAAACAAGAUGAUAUUUAAAGAAGGCAAAGUAAUGGCUGUGAAACGCAUACGAUCCACUGUCGAUGAGAAAGAACAAAAACAAUUGUUAAUGGAUUUGGAAGUGGUGAUGAAUUCAAACGAAUGUCCCUACAUAGUGCAGUUUUAUGGUGCGCUCUUUAAGGAAGGUGAUUGCUGGAUAUGCAUGGAAUUAAUGGAUACCUCAUUGGAUAAAUUCUAUAAAUAUAUUUACGAACGUAAACAACAACGUAUACCAGAGUCGAUAUUAGCUAAAAUUACUGUGGCCACUGUGCAAGCGUUAAACUACUUAAAGGAAGAAUUAUCGAUUAUUCAUCGUGAUGUUAAACCAAGCAAUAUUUUAUUGCAUCGCCGUGGCGAUAUCAAACUGUGUGAUUUCGGUAUUUGUGGCAAAUUAGUGGACUCGAUUGCGGAGACCAAGGAUGCCGGUUGUAGGCCAUAUAUGGCGCCUGAACGCAUUGAUCCCGAGCGCGCUAAGGGCUACGAUGUACGUAGUGAUGUCUGGUCGUUGGGUAUAACGUUGAUGGAGGUCGCUACCGGUUUGUUUCCCUAUCCGAAAUGGGAUUCAGUUUUCGAACAGUUGUAUCAAGUUGUGAAAGGUGAUCCGCCACGCCUACAGACUUCCUACAAUGGCAUGGAGUUUUCACAGGAAUUUGUAGAUUUUGUGAAUACAUGUUUAAAUAAAGAUGAGAGAGAACGACCCAAGUACGGUCCAUUGUUGGAAAUGCCUUUCAUAUUGCGUGGCCAGCGCAGUCACACCGAUGUAGCUGUUUACGUAACGGAUAUUUUGGAGAAAAUGGUCAAAGAUGGCAUAACUGAGUUCACAACAAAUCAACCCGCUGAAAGUUAAUGGGCGUACCAGCUAAUAUAUUAAAUGCCAUUUACCGUUUUUAGCAAUGCAGAGCAAUGGUAAUGUGAAAUUUUGAUAGAUUUGAUAGACGAGUAACGUUAGUAGCAGAAUGGUAUGCAAAUUGUAUGCAAAAUGUGUGUGCGUGAUUAAUUGUUGAGACAGCUCGGGUUAGCUGUUGUGUUGCUAAAACAAAAUUUAAAGAUACAUAUACUAUAAAAAAAAAAGAAUAACGAAAAUUCGAAAAAAAAAAAUAUGUAAAACCAUAUUAUUUAGUGGAAAGUGAAACAAAAAAGAAUACGAUAAGCAAAAAUUUAGCGCUUUGCAUAAAUAUUAGUCAUAAAUAUUUUGUUGAUUAGAAUUGUAAGAAGAAAGCGUUUAUCUUUUUUAGCAAAACAAAAAUAAUAAUAACAAUUAUGUUUUUGUAUACAAUUAAGUUCAUAUUAGCACUUUUGCAUUGUUAUGUCAUACGUUGCUGUUCAUACUUGUGUUGUAAAUGUAACGCUUUUCUAUAGUCAACAUAUUUUGCGCCUUCGAUUUGACAAAUACAAAUACAAAAAAAAAAAAAUAAUAAUAAUAAAAACCGAG